GACCAAGAAAAAAUCAAUCGAUUUGUUUACUAUCCAUCGAGUGCAGAACAAGACAAGAAGAAAAGUUUUCAGUGGAUCAGACAAUUUUUUCUUAAAAAUCAAUCGCCCAAAUGGUUGAUAAGUUAACUUAAGUCUGUAUCAAAAUGUCCUAGUUUUCGGUUAUUGUAAAGCCGCAGUGAAAGCGCCUAUUUUGGACAUCAUGAAUAGCCACUUUGAGGGAGAAUUUCCUGCUCUGGGGGCGGGUGGCGGAUCCACCCAUCUUCCAUUAUCUGAUUUGGAAAAAUCAUCGGCCCGGAAAGCUCGAAAGGAGGCGGAAAAGCAGAAAAAGCAAGCCAAGCGCUAUGAAGAGCAGCUCAAGAAGAUUCGUGGCCCGAAAAGCCAGAAGAUCCAGAUGAUCGACGAGAGCUUCUUAGAGAAGUAUCAUACCGCUCAAGCGCUCCCACCGGGACCGACCCUGAAGACGAAGAAACGAUCGAAGAAAACUCCCAGCGACGUGGUGCAGAUUAAUCUGUCCGACUGCAUCAGGGACCGUUUGUCACUGGUGGAAAAGGGGGAAGUCGGAAGCGGCGGGGAACUGAAGGCGUUGAUCAAGCCAGUCGUUCCGAUUGCCAUCACCCAGCCGAUCGUAUUGCACAAAGGCAAACAGCGGGAAGUUCCAAAGGAGAAAAAGUUGUCGAAGCUGAAGAAAGAGAUUAUUAAUAAUCGGAAGGUUAAGCAAGAUGGCCAGCUGAAGGUUGACGCCGAAUCUGGGAAUCCGGACGUAGCAGAUGAAAUAGUUGCUGAGACAAUUUUGAAUGGCAGCGAAAAUGGUAAUGACCUUGUUUUGGGUGGCGUUUCGCCCUUUCUGAAGGCCAUUGAACGCUGUUGCUCGAGUGAAGGCAUGGUUCCACCUGCAAUCGGAACCGAGGAGUACCAGAACGGGUUCCCAGCUUUGAAUGACACUGUGAAGGCAUGUGAGGAAAAGUCUCUUCACUGCAGAACGUUCCGAGUGUACUGCGAUCAUCUUAUUACGGAUGAGUUGCGUGAGCUGGUGGAGAAUGUGGUGUCGAAGCUGUUUCAGUUCCAGUCGAAUGCGUACGACAAGAACCCGAUCAAGGCCGUCAGCAACAAGCGCUAUUGCGUCGGUUUCAAUGAAGUACUCAAACAUCUGGAAACGCGCAAAAUCAAGCUGGUUGUGAUCGCCCCAGACUUGGAGCCGAACGACAGCAUCGAUCAGCUGGUCGAGCGUGUCAAAGUCGUCUGUCGUCAGGCGCGGGUGCCGUAUGUGUUCGCCAUCAAACGUCGCAAACUGGGAUUUCAUCUGAUGAAGAAGGUUCCAGUAAGUUGUUUGGGUGUCAUCAGCUACGACGGCGUGGAUACUGCGGUUAAACGGAUUCUGGAAAUAGUCGACCAGGAACGUGUCAACUAUCGCAAUACUGCCGUCGGGAAGUAGUAGAGAUGUAUCCGGUCGAAGUUCUCAAAUGCCAAAAAUGAUACUCAUUAAUUAAUCUUCCACUCCAUUCCACUAAAAAGCUGUCUACCAUCAUACCUUUGAUAAGUCCCUCUAGUCAUAAUUAUUAAAGUGUGUGUGCAAUAAUGUGUGACAUUCCCGACGACCUAAAUAGGCAAUAUCAAUAACUUGGAUCCAUAGGUUGAAUCUGCUGAAGUCUCUCGUCUGACAGUGGCCCCCCACCGGAUCCGAUGUCAAUCGGAAACGGAAGGGGCCCUGCGUGAGUAACGCGAGAUCUAUGUUUUAGAUGUUGUAUCGUUGGUACAAAAUAGCAAGUUGGUUGAUAAAACCGCCAAGGGCAAAAGGUACUAAUACCAAAUAAACAAUAUCAAAUAGUGUCAA